AUGCUCAAAGAAGCUCUACGCGACAUACACAACAAAAGCUGCGGAAGGCUGUCGUUCGAAGAGCUCUAUAGAGCCGCCUACAAGAUUGUUCUCAAGAAGAAAGGUGACGUCCUCUACGACCGCGUCAAAGAAUUCGAGGAGCAAUGGUUCAACGAUAAUGUUAUCCCGAAGAUCAGGGCACUCUUCACCAGCGGCCUUGUGAAUAUCGGCAAAGGUAGCUCAACAUCUGCCAACGAACGACGACAAACUGGCGAAAGGUUCCUUAAAGGACUGCGAGAUACUUGGGAAGAUCACAACGUUUCGAUGAACAUGACGGCCGAUAUCCUCAUGUAUCUAGACCGCGGCUACAUCCAACAGGAGCUUCACAGAGUUCCUAUCUUCUCGACGACGAUUGCACUCUUCCGAGAUCAUAUCCUACGCUCUUGCCUGAGUAAGGACUCACAAAACUUAGUUGUUGAUAUUGUUAUCGCAGUCAUGCUCGAUCAAAUCGACAUGGAGCGUGAAGGCGACAUAAUCGAUCGUGCCCUUAUUCGCAGCUGCAGCCGCAUGCUUAGUAGCCUUUACGAAGCCGAAGACGAGAACGAAUUUACGAAACUGUAUUUGACAUUAUUCGAACCUCGAUUUCUCGAAAAUAGCCAAGAGUUCUACCGCCGCGAAUGCCAAGAGCUACUGGUGGCGGCGGAUGCCUGUCGAUGGCUAAGGCAUACGAAGAAACGACUAGAGGAAGAAAAAGACCGAUGCGGGACGACGAUUGAGCCUGAAACAGAAACGAAAAUAGCAUCCAUCGUUGACCAGCAACUGAUUGUGAAGAAUCUCGACGAGUUUCUGAAUAUGGAAGGCAGUGGUUUACGAUGGCUGAUCGACAAUGAAAAGUCCGAGGAACUGUCGAUUUUGUACAAACUGGUUGGAAGAGUUGAUGAUCGCAAGACGUCUUUGCAGACAAUUUUGCAAAAACGCGUUGUUGAGAUGGGCAUCGAGAUUGAGGAUACCCUUCAAAACACGGACUUUUCUGUGCCACCCGAAGGUGAGGAGGGCAUUGGUGAGAAGGGCAUUGGUGAGAAGGGCGAGAAGCCGAAGGCCCUUCCAGCGUCUUCCCAACAAACUGCAGCUGCGAUCAAGUGGGUUGACGAUGUUUUGGCUCUCCGAGAUAAAUUCGACACGAUGUGCACAAACUGUUUUCAGUCCGAUCUGAUCAUCCAAACAGCUCUCGCAAAGAGUUUUGCUGAAUUCAUCAACUUGUUCCGCAGAAGCUCCGAAUACGUCUCCCUGUUCAUCGACGAGAGUAUGAAGAAGGGAAUCCGCGGUAAAUCGGAAAGGGAAAUCGACAUCAUCCUGGACAAGGCGAUUGUUCUCAUCCGAUAUCUUCAGGAUAAAGAUUUGUUCCAGACUUACUAUCAGCGCCACCUUGCUCGUCGACUACUACACGCAAAAUCAGAGAGUCACGAUGUUGAGAAUCAGCUUAUCCUGAAAAUGAGACAGGAAUUCGGCCAGCAAUUCACCUCGAAGCUGGAGGGCAUGUUCCGAGACCUGGUUACUUCGAAAGACCUCACGGCAUCAUAUCGCGACCACAUCCGGACGUCGGGAGAUGGAACUAAGAAAACCGAGCUCGGCAUUAAUGUUUUGACAAUGAACUACUGGCCACAGGAGGUGAUGGGUCGCACAGCACAGAUUGGGGAAGGCUCUCGUAUCACUUGCAACUAUCCACCGCAAAUUGAAAGAUUGCAAGCGAGCUUCGAGCAAUUCUACCUGGCAUCCAGAAACGGGCGAAAGCUGACAUGGAUUGGGACCACGGGCAGUGCGGAUGUGCGGUGCACAUUCCCAGCCAUCCCAGGAAAGUCCGGCGGCCUGGCAAAAGAAAGACGCUACGAGAUCAAUGUGCCAACAUACGCCAUGGUUGUCCUGAUGCUUUUCAAUGACUUGCGUGAGGAUGAGCAACUUUCAUUCGAGGAGAUCCAAGCAAAAACUGCGAUAGCGACAAGCGAUUUGAUGCGAACCCUGACUGCGAUCGCCGUGGCACCGAAGUCGCGCGUUCUCCUAAAGGAUCCGCCUACAAAAUCGAUCAAGUCAUCGGACAAGUUUACAUUCAAUGCGGCGUUCCAGAGCAAGACCCUGAGGAUCAAAGCUCCGGUCAUCAAUGCCGUUUCUAAGGUUGAAGAUGCGACUGAAAGAACAACCACCGAAGAAAAGAAUAACGAAACACGAGCGCACAUCAUUGAUGCUGCGAUUGUGCGAAUCAUGAAGUCGCGAAAGCUUUUAACGCACACGCAACUUGUGAACGAAGUCCUGUCUCAACUGGCAGCUCGGUUCAAACCUGAAGUGCCAUUCAUCAAGCGCCGCAUCGAAGAUUUGAUCAGUCGUGAAUACCUCGAGCGGCCGGAUGAAGACCAAGCACUUGGCGUGUACCGCUACGUGGCGUAA